AUGGCCACUGCGGCGCCUCUAGAAGGGAACCGCUCUGGGCCCCGCCUUUGAUCUCGUUGGUGGGGCUGGGGGAUGAGAGCUGCACCGCGCUGGACAAGUCGCCGGCGGCGCCCGACGGAGCAGAAGAGGAGAGAGCAUGGAGCUGGAAAGGAUUGUCAGUGCAGCCCUCCUUGCCUUUGUCCAGACGCACCUCCCGGAGGCCGACCUCAGUGGCUUGGAUGAGGUCAUCUUCUCCUAUGUGCUUGGGGUCCUGGAAGAUCUGGGCCCCACAGGCCCAUCAGAGGAGAACUUCGACAUGGAGGCCUUCACUGAGAUGAUGGAGGCCUAUGUGCCUGGCUUCGCCCACAUCCCCAGGGGCACAAUAGGGGACAUGAUGCAGAAGCUCUCAGGGCAGCUGAGUGAUGCCAGGAACAAAGAGAACCUGCAACCACAGAGCUCUGGUGUGCAAGGCCAGGUGCCCAUCUCCCCAGAGCCCCUGCAACGGCCUGAAAAGCUCAAAGGAGAGACCAGGUCUUCUGCUGAUGCUGCUGGGGACACCCAAGACGAGGUACUAGCAGCCGGCGCUGAAGAGGAGCUGCUGCCAGGGGUAGAUGUACUCCUGGAGGUCUUCCCUACCUGUUCCAUGGAACAGGCCCAGUGGGUGCUGGCCAAAGCUCGGGGUGACUUGGAGGAAGCUGUGCAGAUGCUGGUAGAGGGGAAGGAAGAGGGGCCUCCAGCCUGGGAUGGCCCCAACCAGGACCUGCCCAGGCGCCUCAGAGGCCCCCAAAAGGAUGAGCUGAAGUCCUUCAUCCUGCAGAAGUACAUGAUGGUGGAUAGCGCAGAGGAUCAGAAGGUUCACCGGCCCAUGGCUCCCAAGGAGGCCCCCAAGAAGCUGAUCCGAUACAUCGACAACCAGGUGGUGAGCACCAAAGGGGAACGAUUCAAAGACGUCCGGAACCCUGAGGCCGAAGAGAUGAAGGCCACAUACAUCAACCUCAAGCCAGCCAGAAAGUACCGCUUCCACUGAGGCACUGGCCGGACUCUGCUGGAGCCUUCUAGGCUCAGGUCCCAGAGGGAUGCAGGAGCCCUACACCCCCACAUAGGGGCCUCCCUAACUCCUGUCCCCCAUCUUUAUCCCUCUUCCCUACUUCCUUACUCCAUUGUGUUAACCUACUCUCGGGGCUGCCUCCAUGGGCACAGUAAAGGUGGCCCAAGGAA